AUGCCCGCCUCGGAGCUGAGCGCCGCUCUCCUCCCAGAGCUCCUGGAGGCGACAACGCUGCCGGCCCGGGGCUGCGGCUGCAAGGGUAGCGGGGCUGGAGUUGGGCACCCGGGCGCCGCAAGGCGGGCGGAGCGGAAGGAGAAGCAGGCAUCCUCCACGGUGUGGCGGCCACUGGCCACCGAGGGGCGGAGGCAAGGGAGGAGUGGGAGCAAGAGGGCCCGGGAGACAGGCGCCGGCCCGAGUGCAGCACCGCAUGCAGCUGCGGGCUCCCGCGCCCGCGUGAGGGUUUCUGUCCCUAUCGGGGACAUCGAGGUGCUGAACCUGGGGAACAACGGCCUGGAGGAGGUGCCUGAAGGGCUGGGGUCGGCGCUUGGCAGCCUACGCGUCCUGGUCCUGCGCAGGAACCACUUUGCCCGGCUGCCCACUGCGGUGGCUGAGCUUGGCCACCAUCUCACGGAACUGGACUUGAGCCACAAUCGGCUGACAGCCCUGGGCGCGAAGGUGGUGAGUGCCCUAAGGGAGCUGCACAAGCUGAACCUCAGCCAUAACCAGCUGCCUGCUCUGCCCUCCCAGCUGGGCGUCCUUGCCCACCUGGAGGAGCUGGGUGUUAGCUUCAACCGACUGGCGCACCUGCCCGACUCACUCUCUUGCCUCUACCGCCUGCGCACCCUCGAUGUGGACCAUCAGCUCACUGCCUUUCCCCGGCAGCUGCUGCAACUGGCGACCCUGGAGGAACUGGACGUGUCCAGCAACUGGCUGAAAGGCCUACCUGAUGAUAUCAGUGCCCUGCGUGCCCUCAAGAUCCUCUGGCUGAGUGGGGCCGAGCUUGGCACUCUGCCCAUCGGCUUCUGCGAGCUGACCAGUUUGGAGAGCCUCAUGCUAGACAACAAUGGGCUGCAGGAUCUGCCCACCCAGUUCAGCCAGCUGCAAAGACUCAAAAUGCUCAAUCUCUCUUCCAACCACUUUGAGGAAUUCCCUGCACCGCUGCUGCCCCUGGCUGGUCUAGAGGAGGUUUACCUUAGUCGCAAUCAGCUCACCUCAGUACCAUCCCUUAUCUCGGGGCUGGGAAGGCUUCUCACUCUGUGGCGAUACCUGCCCGAUUCCAUUGUGGAACUGACCCGCCUGGAGGAGCUGGUGCUACAAGGGAACCAGAUCGCGGUGCUUCCUGACAACUUUGGCCAGCUCUCCCAUGUGGGAUUGUGGAAGAUCAAGGACAACCCACUGAUACAGCCCCCUUACGAGGUCUGCAUGAAGGGGAUCCCCUACAUCGCGGCCUACCAGAAGGAGCUGGCUCAUUCCCAGCCAGCUGUUCAGCCCCGUCUCAAGCUGCUCCUGAUGGGGCAUAAGGCUGCAGGAAAGACCUGGCUCCGACACUGCCUCACCGAGGAGGUAGUGGAGGGAAGCCAUGCAGGAAGGGACAAACAGAAGAACUACUCACUUUCCCCUCCUGCCAGUAGCAAGGGUAUUGAGGUGACCAGCUGGACAGCUGAUGCCUCCAGGGGUCUGAGGUUCAUCGUGUAUGAUUUAGCUGGUGAUGAAAGCUAUGAGGUGAUUCAGCCCUUCUUCCUCUCCCUGGGAGCCCUGUAUGUGCUGGUAGUCAACUUGGCCACCUAUGAACCAUGCUGCUUUCCCAGUACUGUGGACUCCUUCUUGCAUCGGGUCGGGGCCCGGGUACCUCAUGCUGUGAUGUGCAUUGUGGGCACGCAUGCAGACCUAUGUGAGGAGCAGGAGCUGGAGGAGAAGUGUCUGGAUAUUCACCGCCAGAUUGCCCUGCAGGAGAAGCACGAUGCCUAGGGCCUGAGCCGUCUAGCCCAGGUGGUUGAUGAGGCCUUGGCCCGGGACUUCGAGCUGCGCUCUGCCAGCCCCCAUGUAGCCUACUAUGGUGUUUCUGACAAGAACCUUCGGCGACGCAAGGCCCAUUUUCAAUACCUGCUCAACCACCGGCUGCAGAUCCUCUCUCCGGUAUUGCCUGUUAGCUGCAGGGACCCCUGACAAUUGUAGCGCCUUCGAGACAAGCUGAUUUCUGUAGCUGAGCACCGAGAAAUCUUCCCCAACUUACAUAGAGUCCUGCCUGGAUCCUGGCAGGUGCUGGAGGAACUGCAUUUCCAACCACCACAGGCACAACGAUUUUGGCUAAGCUGGUGGGACUCUGCACGCCUGGGCCUCCAGGCAGGGCUGACUGAGGACCAUAGCCCGGCCCUCAGGGAGCAUGUCUUCCACAACCUCACCUGCCUCAUUGACAUCCUCAAUGUCUUUUUCCAGCGGGAUGCUUCCUUGCUGCUGCAUAAACUGCUACUAGGGACCAGUGGAGAGAGUGAGGGGGAGGGGGAAAGCUCCCCAGUGAUGUCGCUGCCCACCCAGAGCCAGGACCUGCUCUGGGCCACCCAGCUCCAUCACUAUGUGGAGGGCUUUCUGCUGCAUGGGCUCCUGCCAGCCCAUGUUAUUCGGUUGCUGCUUAAGCCUCAUAUCCAGGCUCAGCAGGACUUGCAGCUGCUGCUGGAGCUGCUGGAGAAGAUGGGACUCUGUUACUGCCUCAAUAAACCUAAGGGCAAGCCUUUAAAUGGGUCUACAGCUUGGUACAAGUUCCCAUGCUAUGUGCAGAACGAGGUGUCCCAUGCAGAGACAUGGAAUAAUGGGACCAACCUAGUGGGGCAGUCUUUUGUGGCUGAGCAGCUGCAGAUUGAAUAUAGUUUUCCCUUUACCUUUCCACCUGGGUUGUUUGCACGCUACAGUGUCCAGAUCAACAGCCAUGUGGUGCACAGGUCAGAUGGUAAAUUUCAGAUCUUUGCAUAUAGAGGAAAAGUUCCUGUGGUGGUGAGUUACAGACCUGCCAAGGGGGUCCUGCAGCCAGAUACCCUGUCCAUUGCCAGCCAAGCAUCAUUACCAAAUAUAUGGACUGCGUGGCAAGCCAUCACCCCCUUGGUAGAGGAACUGAAUGUCCUACUUCAGGAAUGGCCUGGACUGCACUACACUGUGCACAUCCUCUGUUCUAAGUGCCUUAAGAGGGGGUCGCCCAAUCCACACGCUUUCCCAGGGGAAUUGCUGAGCCAGCCCAGACCAGAAGGAGUGGCAGAAAUCAUUUGCCCCAAGAUCGGCAGUGAGCAAGUGAAUGUUGCCUUGGUUUACCCACCUACACCGACUGUGAUCAGCCCCUGUUCCAAGAAGAACGUUGGUGAAAAGCACAGAAACCAGUGACUUGUGGACUGUGGGAUUUCCAUGGAGAAAAUAGAGCAUCACAACUCACCUGGGAACCCUCUGCACCUCCAAGCACAGGCUAGGCACUGGAGUGAAGACCAGCUCAGGGUGCUUCCAGAGGACCACCACAGAGGUGUGGAGGGGGCUGAGGAAGGACAGAGAGGGCAUGGAGCUAAAGUUUCACAACCGGAACAUCAGAACUGUGAUCCUCCAAGGAGAGCGCUACUUGAAGAAAAGAAAAAAAAAAAAAAAAGUUCGAAUGGCUUCUCAGGGAUUUUGUUUUCCGUGCACAUAUAAGCCAUAGUUACAGUACAGUGCUAGUAUUUAGAGCACUCGGGUUUCAGUUAUGUUCAAUGUGAAAGAGGAAUCAACUGACAUUCAUUGCUGUUCCGUAACUAGUGUAAACUAUGUAUAUGUUUAUCUUUAUUUUUAUAAUAUGCAAAUACAUUUAAAUUUAUACCGUUUGAAGCUUCUAGCGUUAGUUAACACUGGGUGCAAUAUUUUGCAUGAGAACUGUGCCAAGAUGGGGCUGAUUUCUUAUUUUAGUAUGAGACAUUAUUUUUUGUUCUUUUCUUUAUUCUUUAAUCGCCUUCUCAGAUUUAAAAAAAGAAAAGAAAAAAGAUGUCUGUGUAUCUGUUAGCCCACGGAUCUAGUGUUGCUUCGUAGAUUGCCAGUCAUCCACAGGAUCCUUCAACAUGCAUAUCAGGCAGUGUCCCUUCCCAUCUUUAUCCAAGGUUCCUGCCUGUAAGUCACUGGGCCUGGUGGCAGAAGCAUUCCUGUUCCUUACCCACAUAUCAUUAGUGUUGAGGCAGAGACGGGGUGCUCUUCUGGAACAAAGAGUUCAUGGAAAACCUCAGUUAGUGUAGCUUAAGAUCAUCAGGAGUCCGUUUUGAAUCAUGCAAGGGGCUCUGCUAAUUAUUACCUCUCUUUUCUAGAACAGGUCCAGAAUUUAGCAGAGCACUUGGUGAGCCCUCCACAUCUGGUCUGUGGGACCUUCAGGUAGUGAGCUCCUAGCUGGAGAACAUAAUCCCACACUGGCUAUUCAUACAGAGCCUCUUGUAGGACAUCUACUGCCAAGAACUAGUAAAACGCUUGUUUUAAAAUCUCCAGGAGGUAAAACUUAAAAAGCAAACCCUACAAGUUGCUCUCUAGCCUCUCCUAAUUGGGGCCAAACAGCAUAUGCUGCAGUAGUAGCACAUUCUUUGAAGAAUGUAAAGGACUCUGUUUACAUCUGCCUCCUUUGUGUGUUGAUAGAAAAUGUGCAAAACUGUUUCUCACCAGGGUCAGACAGAAGAGCGAGUCAGCUGGUGUUACUCUUUCACUUUGUUUAGAAAGCACUGACUCUUGGAAUGCCACAGUGGUCUCCACAUGUUCAAAAGAAAGAAUGAACAAGUGGGCUGCAUUUCACAACCUCACAAAUCAAUUUUUAUAAAAUAUUUUGUGCCCCAGGAGUUAACUUCACUGACUCCAGAAGCCCUGGUUAUGAUUUCCUUAUCAUCUUAAAAUCAACAGUGGGAUCAGAUUGUUUUUACAUUUUUUUUAAAUACUUGAAUAUAUGACACUUCAAGUUGGAGAUUUCAUUUUCCUUUUAGAACAGAAUCAUAAGAUUAAUCUGGUUAAUCCUUUUGUCACAGUUCGUGUGUGUGUGUGUGUGUGUGUGUGUGUGUGUGUGUGUGUAUAAACUGAAUGGUAACAUUUAAUUGCUUUAUGGACCAUUGAAUUGUUGGGCAAUAGGGGUUUUUUUUUAAUUGGCAUGUGACAGUACUUACACUGUCUAAUCAACCGACUUGACCAGUCCUUUGAAAGAGACUCCCAAGCAUAUGACUUUGGGCCAACUUCCCUUAGGGCCAUAUAAAUGGAAAUAAUGCCCCUUUGGGUGACAUACUCUCCAAGUGUUUGCUAUUUUCACGAACAUAAAUGCCCAUGUUCUCAAUAUCUGCUCUUUUUUGACCAGUCAUGUUUUGUGCUGUCAUCUGAACCCUAGAGAAGCAGUGUAAGAGGAAACCUUGCUGCCAUGUGUGUUUCGGCCAAAAGGUCCACAUGAGAAGAGGGUCAUGUGACCACAAGAAGCUCCAGAAAAAGCAAAGCAUGAGAACUUGCUUCAGCAUGGGGUGUGGGUUGGAGAUACAGAAAACACUCUGCUCUACAGGAGUUUUCCACAAUGUCUGUGUAGGAAAUUCCGUUUUCUCUUUCAACACCCAGGAAGAUUUCAGCGGCCCACAGAGGCUGAUAGGCAAUUCACUAAGCACAAGAAGAAUUUUUUUUCCAACCACGGAGUCCCUGGCUUCUCAAAGAAAUGCCCUCCAAGUUUGUUAUGGUUUCUAUUCCUGCAACUUGUGGUAUCAGAGCCACUUCCUGGAAUUGUAAAAGUGCUGCCAGAAUAAAUGUUUUUCCCCUUCUAAGAAAAAAA